UGUUUACAAACCCAGCGGCAGCCCAGCUCGCCUCCAUUAUGAGGAGCCUGGUCUGAGACCGCAGGGAGACGGCAGAUGUGGCACGGGCUGCCGGGGCCGGCCAACUGGAUCCUGAACCGCUUUCCUGUUUGUGAAGGACAGAGCAGAGACGACCCCCCUUCGACAGUGGGCCGGCGGAGAUGCACGGUAACCGCGGGUUAAGCCGCCAGACCCUUCGCUCCUUUGUCUGCAGCUCUGGCAGACAGCAGGGAUUUCUGUGGUGAAUUUUUUGGGAAUUUUUGUCUCGCGGUCGUGGAGGAGAACGUCGGGAGGACCUGGGGGCAUCAGGAGAAAGGGGAAGACAAAGCAGUGACGUUACUGGGGGCGUCAACGUCGAGGAAAAAUACAGGAGUUUUGUGUUUAUCUCUUGAACAAAACGAGCCCAUCUCUUAAGGCCGAGGUUUGGUCUGCUGAAUGGGGCUCAUCUCCCAUCCAUAUUUGCAUUUGUUUAUCUUUGAUGAAAGGACAUAGCUGCUGUGACAAUAUCUGGUUUUUUUUCUGCUCGGUUGAACCCACAUCAAGACAGCAAAUUCUCAGCCAUGAGCACAGGUACCCAGAUGAUACACACUGGGUUGUUUUGACAAUCCUUUUGCUCUCUUGUUCCUGCAUAAAUUUGCAUUUACAAGAGCAGGCAUCAUAUUCCGACCCCUGGUUGGCUUGAAAUUGAGGACUGAGUGGAUUUUUAAUCAAUAUUUCAUACAAACCCUGGAGGCAGCUGAAGUUCAGACCUUGUUUCAGGACUGAGACAUUUAACUACAUAUUGUUUGGACUGACUAACCUCCAGAAUUCAGUGUGGAUGGUAAGGACUCUACCCAGACAGGAGUCCCACACCUCCUGAACAGGCUGCCUUCUUCUUUGGCCUGUGACCCCAACCCACCCAACACACUGAAGACGACAGCCACAACGACUGGCUUAAGCUUCCUGAAUUGACAGUGAAUGUUUGGCAUCCAAUUUAUGCAAGUAUUCCAGUGGUGCAAUGGAUGUCUGUGCGGCCUAGCGUUGCAAGGGUCCAAAGAGCUCUGUAACAUGACGUCAGAACCAGUGGACCGGUCGCUCAACGUGUACGUCAUCAUCCUGGGCGUGGGCCUGUUCGUCUUCAUGCUGAGCAUGAUAUUCUGCUGCUACCUGUUCAGGGUGAGAAGACAGGGCACAAGGGAGCAGUAUGGAUAUAACGAGGUUGUUCUGAAAGGCACAGGAAAAAAACUGAGUCUUCUUGGAACCUGUGCCGUGUGCUUGGAGGAGUUCCGCACCCGGGAGGAGCUGGGCCUGUGUCCCUGCUCUCACGCCUUCCACAAAAAGUGUCUGGUGAAAUGGCUGGAGAUCCGGAGCGUCUGCCCCAUGUGUAACAAGCCCAUCUGCAGGCAGGCCCCAGAUGCCCCGCAGGGCGCCGAGGGGCCCCCGAACCCCCAGGAGGUGUGAGGGCCAGGGGCGGCAUCCCACAGAGCUCGCUCUACGUUCGGCGCAGGACAAUCCCAAAACCCCAGGACCCGAAACUCCCCUCUCCCCCAAACUUACCGUCUCAGAGGACCGAGGUCCUCAAACAUCCCCUGCACUCACCCUCAAAGGGAAUGUCGGAGAGUAUCUGGCUUUAUUUCCUGAUACACAGCUCAUAAACACUUACAGUACAGUGGGAACACAGGAGACAAAAGCCUGAUUUACUGAGACAUUGGACAAAAUGCACCUACUCUGGAUGGGACAGGACAGGACCCAGUCAUUGCCAUGGUAGGGUAACAAACUGACAGAAGCAAAAGGAAUCUCUUCUAGUGAUGUUCUCACGUGCCAAUUAAAGGUUACUGCUUUUAGAAGCCACUUGUCACUGUUUAAAUCAGAUAGCACCUGUGUUACUUCUGACUGGUUAUUUUAUAUCAUGACUUGCUUUCAAUAAAGUGUAAGGCUUUGGUGGAACAA